UUUUUACAGGCUGACAAGGAGAUAAAAGACAAAAUUUUAAAAUUGAGAAACAAGCAUAAUAGUUUAAUAAGUGAAGAAUUUAUCAAUAAAAUGACAAAGGAGGAGGCAAAGCAAUUUCUCCAACAACAGUUGACGCAAGAUGGAUUUAUUGUUUCUGUUUUGAGUCGUCCGGAGCAACAAUUUCCUAAUCUGAAUGUGACUGGUGAACAAAGUGAAGAACAUAAAACUAAUGUUAAGUUGGAUAUUCGUAGAAGAAUAAACGAACGAAUGGUCCGUCUAAAAAAACGUUCGAGGUUGCAAAAUGUUCUAAUCUCAAAAGGAUUUGGUGUAGGGACUGAAGCUUCGAAAAAGAAGAAAGGGGGAAUUAAGAAGAAGAAUGUGCAAACGGAAGAAGAUUCGGAAGAUGCGGCCGGUCCAUCGACUUCCGGUACUUGAUUGACUUUUUUAAGUCCUUAAAUAAAAAGAAAAUUUUCUUAAUUUAUUUUGCAAUUUAUAAAUAAAUAUUUUGAUCUACUUUAAUUUUUUUUUUGAAUUUUGUUGGUCUUAGUUCCUUAUGCAUUCUUUACUAUUUUUCAAUAACCUUUAAAAUCUGUAUUAUGCUGAAACCGAUGCGAAAAUAAAAAUGUUUUUUUGAUUAGACUACAGAAUAAUUAAUUGGAAUCCUAUUUUAUUUUUUAUUACCCAUUUCCCUUUUACAGAGAUCGAAAGAGAAAAUAUUUUUUCGAAUGUUUUAUUUAUUUUCAUUCAAGACUUCUUUAAUCUUUAAGAUAAUCUCGAAAUAUCAUCGUAAUCCACCAUAUUCCCAUAUAUCCUCUCUAUCACCCAACUCAUACAAUAUCAUUUAUAAUCCCUUCAAAUUUGCCUCUCUAAUAUCCCGAAUCCAAAAAUGCAAAAUAACUCUCCCCUUUGCAAAUUUCGUU